AUGUCGUAUCGGGUGUUUGGGUUUGUGUUGAGGAGCCGUAAAUGGGCGAAGCUCGAUCUCAAGUAUCUCAGUCCCGUCAGCGAGGGCUCAAAAGAGCAGACGGCGUUUGACCAGCUGGUGCUCCCGAAGCAGCACAAGGACAUUGUGUAUUGUUUGGUUGACCAGCACUUUCGGAACAAGGAGGCGAGGGUUAGCGAUAAUGAAGAGGUGGACAUUAUUCGAGGCAAAGGGAAGGGCCUCAUUCUUCUGUUACAUGGAAGUCCAGGCGUGGGAAAGACAACAACUGCUGAGGGUGUUGCCGAACGCUUCAACAAGCCUUUGUUCCAAAUCACCUGCGGAGAUCUUGGUGCAACUGCCAGUGAAGUAGAAGCGGCCCUGGAGAGAAACUUUAGCCUGGCCAACCGAUGGGGCUGCAUCCUCCUCCUCGACGAAGCAGACGUCUUUCUCGCCCAGCGCUCCCCCAAGAACUUUGUCCGCAACGGCCUCGUAGCAGUCUUCCUCCGCGUCCUCGAAUACUACGCAGGCAUCCUCUUCCUCACGACCAACCGCAUCGGCGACUUUGACGAGGCCUUCACCUCCCGCAUCCACAUCUCCCUCUACUACCCGCCCCUCGACAAAUCGUCCACGCGCGAAAUCUUCCGCCUCAACCUGCGCAUCAUCAAGCAGCGCUUCCGCGACAAGGGCCGCGAAAUCGACAUCCACGAAAAGGACAUUCUCAAGUACGCCACCGCAUACUGGAAGAAGCACGAAAACAUGCGCUGGAACGGCCGGCAGAUUCGCAACGCGUGCCAGACGGCGCUGGCCAUGGCCGAGUUUGACGCCCAGAAUCGGAGCAUCAGCAGCACCAACGUGGGAGAAGAAGGAAAGAAGAAGAAGCAGGGCGUGAGGGAUGAGGAUGCCAAGGUCGAGUUGACGCACUUGCAUGUGCAAAUCGUGUCGGAUGCGUACCUCGAGUUCAUGCGCUACCUCAAGAGCAUCUACGGCUUCAGCGCGGACGAAGUCGCAAAGAAUAUGCGUCUCCGCGCGAAGCACCCAAAAGCGAAAAAGGACGAAGACGACGACGAUGAUACAGAUGACACGAGCGACGACGAGGCCAUCUACGGUCCCGUUAAGGGCGGUGGCGGGCCCCAGCCAUCGUCCAUGCCAUCGUCCAUGCCAUCAUCCAUGCCAUCAUCCAUGCCAUCAUCCAUGCCCCCGUCCGCCAUGAGCGCCAUGGCGCAGACGAUGAUGGGGAUGCCUCCCAUGAUGAUGAACCCUUCUUCUUCUUCUUCCAUGUCAAACGCGGGCCAUCAUGGUGCUGCUGUUUCUGCC